AUGCUCUUGACAUCGAGCAACAACAGAUCGACCACGGCCUUUAGUUACUCCGGUAAUUCCCUUGUUGGUCUCUAUGUUGGACACGGUGUUCUUCACUCUGAUGCCGCCGCCACCGCGCUGCAGCAUUUCACAGGAUAUCUCGAGUCGCAGAAGACUAUUGGUCGAGUGCUCCUUCAGUACUGCGGUGUCAAUUCAAACAAAGGACUUGGUAUCGUGGUGGAUCCGACCGGUGACCUUCCUGCCGUGCAGCGUAUUAUGCGGGAUUGGAAUGAGGCCAAAUGCCAAACCGAGUUUGACGGUAGCCAGAAACUCCCCAAUGCUGCUUUGCGUCUUCGGAUACCCCUCACUAAGGCGAACUCGACUACCGGCCACCUGGCCCGCCGCAACCCACACCACGGUGCCCACCAUGUCCAUUCCAAUCAACGACGAGCGACGUGCGAGACCAUUCAAGUCGCGUCCGGCGACUCCUGCGGGUCCCUCGCUGAAGAGUGUGGCAUUACAGGCGCGAAGCUUGAGAAAUAUAACCCUGACAAAAAUCCCUGUUCCAUCUUGUCAGUCGGGCAGUAUGUAUGCUGCAUUUCUGGUGACCUCCCCGACCUUACCCCUAAGCCUGAGCCUGAUGGCACAUGUGCCUCUGUCCUCGUGGAAUCUGGAGAAUAUUGUUCUACAAUAGCCGCUGCCAACAGUAUCUCUGCCGAGGACUUGGAGGACUUCAAUAAAAACACCUGGGGUUGGGCAGGCUAUGACCACCUCCAGCCCCAGCAACGGAUCUGCCUUAGCGAGAGCGACCCCGCGAUGCCGGAGAGUCUUGACAAUGCUGUUUGCGGACCGCAAGUCCCAGGCACGAAAAAGCCAGGCAAAGGCACAGAGACUGAUCUGGCUGACCUCAAUCCAUGCCCGCUAAAGUCCUGCUGCAAUAUCUGGGGCCAGUGCGGUAUCACUGAUGACUUCUGCACGGUUACCGAAUCAGAAACCGGAGCCCCCGGUACAGCAGCCCCCGGUACCUAUGGCUGCAUAUUCAACUGCGGAACUGAGAUUAUUCAAGAUACUCCUCCAGAUUCUUUCAUAACGAUUGGGUAUUUUGAGGCAUGGAACUUUGAGCGCGAGUGCCUGAAUAUGGACAUAGACUACUUCGAUAUAUCCGCUUACAGCCAUCUUCAUUUUGCUUUCGCGGAAAUUACCGAGGACUAUCAAGUGGAUGUUUCAGUUGUGCAGUCGCAAUUCGAUCGUCUGUUGAGCAUGGGCGAGGUGCACCGUGUCUUGUCUUUCGGUGGAUGGUCUUUCUCAACGGAAGCAGACUCCUUUCCCAUCUUUCGGGAAGGCGUGACUGACGCAAAUCGAGAGUUAUUUGCUACAAAUGUUGUCAACUUUAUUGUGGAUCAUGAUCUCGAAGGGGUCGAUUUUGAUUGGAAAUAUCCAAAAGCCCCAGAUAUCCCGGAAAUCUUUGCCGGUGAUGAAAGUGAUGGGGAACGGUAUCUGCAGUUCUUGAAACUGGUGCGCGAGAAGCUUUCAGACAGCAAGAUUUUAACAAUUGCGGCACCUGCUUCCUUUUGGUACUUGAAGAGUUUCUCCAUUGCCGAGAUCUCCAAAGUCGUUGACUAUAUUGUCUAUAUGGCUUAUGAUUUGCAUGGCCAAUGA